AUGGCCGCUUCCGACAGCUGGCCAAAACACUCCACAGAACCAUAUUCAGACGACUCAACACUCGAUACCGUGGACAUCUGGCUUCCCCGUGCAUCAUCAUCGGAAGACUCAAAUCGACUCUGGGUAAUAUACAUCCACGGCGGAGCAUGGCGAGACCCAGCAAUCUCAGCUACUUCCUUCACUCCGACUCUCGACAAGCUAUCGAAAUCAGGAGUGGCCGACCAGAUAGCAGGAUACGCGUCCAUCAAUUACAGGCUGUCUCCAUAUCCAUCUCAUCCAACUGAUCCUUCGGACCCUUCAGACCCGGCGAGGAACGCCACACACCCAGACCACAUCAACGACGUAUUAGCAGCGAUCCUGUCUCUUCAGGAGAAACACCACUUCGAGGAUCGAUAUGUGCUCGUUGGCCAUUCGUGCGGAGCCACAUUGGCCAUGCAGGCUGCGAUGAAGCGGUACUGGGGAUCGCAAUACGAGUCUACGUUUGCGCUGGAACUGAAUGUGGUGCCUCCUAAAGCCAUCCUCGGGGUGGAAGGAAUCUACGAUAUGCCGGCCUUCGUUCGCAAUCAUGAGGACCAGCCCAUCUACAAAGACUUUGUCCACAACGCUUUUGGACCGUCUGGAUGGGACGCUGCAAGUCCCACAAAUGGUGACUACGAAGAGAGUUGGCCAGAUGGUGAGCUGGUCGUCCUCGCACAUUCAGCGGAUGAUUCUCUGGUCGAACCAGAGCAGGCUUCCUCGAUGAAAGAUGUUCUCGAAGCUCAGGACUGGAACAGAUCAGAGCGACGACAAGUCAAGACGUUCGAGGUACAUGGUGAACAUGAUGAGGUGUGGCAGACGGAAGAGGUCGCGAGAGCUAUUGACUGGACUCUUCAGCAGCUGCAGCCGUCCACUUCGAUCAUACAAAAUGUCUCGCUGGCCACUACAGGCGAGGCCGAGCUGAAGGUCACCAGCUUCGGUCCCGAAGUAGAAUCACUAGCACAGUCAGCAGUCAGCAGCUACCUUCUCCGACCCCAUGCGGUCGGUCGUCGGCUUGCGGGGCUGUCCAGAGUUCCAGACUUUUGGUGGACGAUGGGAAACGCAUGGGGUUCUCAAGAGCGAGAAGGGAAUGAACGCGAAUAG